CAGAGGUGAUCGGCGGAUGAUGUAAGACGUUAGUAAAAGGAAAAGAUGGCGUCCUGCACUAAAGCAGGAAAUAGAAAUAAUUUUUUCUAGGACUUUUGGAUUUUUCACUUGUAUUGUGAUAUAAGGAAUUUAUUAUUUCAUUAAACCCUGGACUAACUUAAGAGAUCCUAAAUGGCUUCUAAGAAGUCAGGACCAGAGUUUCAUAACAAUGGUCCUUUCAGUUACCUUGAUGAUGUGCCAUUUAAGAUUGGAGAAAAAUUUCGUAGUCCAGCAAAAGUAUGUUUGCCUAUUGGAUUUUCUAUGCCAGAUUAUACCGAGUUGCUUUUGUAUACUCAGUAUGAUUUCUUUUUGGAGAAGAAGGCUGUUGAAAUGGUGGAAGAAGAUAGGCAAGUUAAAUUAGCUCAGAAAGCAGCAAAGUUGAAAGCAGAAGCAGCUACAACCAUUGCAAAGUCUGAGAGCAUUCCAGAGGAGAGUAAAGACGUUGGCUUUUCUGAAGGAUCGUGCUCUAUGACUGUACCUCUUGUCAAUCCUCUACUUGCUACUCUGCACCAUGGGAGCAUCCUUACACCUACGCCUGCCAAUAACAGUGCCAUUAAACAAAAAAACUCUAGUCCUCCCAACUCCAAGUCAAAUUUUAAUCUAGCAGACUUUGAGUCUGAAGAAGAUCUAUUUGAUAAACUGGAAUUAAAAACAAUCAAUGAGAAAGAAGAACUGAAAAAUAUACUUCAGUUUGGAACAUCUGGGCCUGGUGCAAACCUAUCAGAAGACAACAGUGCACCAUGUGCAGAUUCUGUGUCUGGAAUGAAUACCAGCAAAGUGCACAUAUCCACUGAUGAAGUUGUCUUGGAAUGCAAAUCUGUUCGCAAACCCAAUGGAUUGGUGACUUUAACCCAGUUAGUAAACUGUGAAAAGCCGUUGUCUUCCAAAGUAUCACUUCCUCCCAUCACCUCAGUAAGCAGUAUAAAGUCCCUCUCAUUUCCCAAGCUAGACAUUGACGAGACUGAGCAGAAUGCAGCAAAGCUCAUGAGUACUUUUCACAGCACUACCUGCCUUCCCACUGUGCCCUUUGUUGACUCCAAGAAUUUCUCUCAGAGCAAACCUAGUGGAUUAAAUGGGUACCAUAUUUCCGGACUCCCAAGCAGCUCUGUAAAUUUGGGCACUGACACAGGAACUGCACCAGUAUCUUCUUUCUCUGGGCCUACUCUUUUGUCUAUUGUAUCAUCUACUGGUACAGUAGCAGUAAACUCUACCAAUAACACAACAGCACUGGUAAACUCUCAAAACAACAUGCAGAGUAAUGGCAACACUACAGAAGUAUCCUAUAUGUCACAUUCCUCCAGUCCUUUCCACAAUCUCACAAGCGAUGAAAGGCAUUGUGCAGAAACUGUCAUUGGUAUGGGAUAUUCAUUUGAAAAGGUCCAUAAAGCUAUACAGAAACAUGGUCAUGAUGUAGAACAGGUUCUAGAUUACCUGGUUGCACAUGGCCGACUGUGCGAAAAAGGUUUUGAGCCAGCAUUGGUAGAAGAAGGCUUAGAAAUAUUUCAGUGUUCAGAGGAAAAGACAACUGAAUUUCUUACCCUGGUCUACAAGUUUAAAGAAAUGGGUUUUGAGCAAAAAGAUAUUAAGGAAGUUUUAUUAAAACACAGUAAUAACCAAGAGAAGGCAUUAGAAGACCUGAUGACACUUGCUGCAGCCAGCUGAAACAUUUCCUUUUUCUGUUUCGUUUUUUUUCCUUUCCAUUUUAGUGGCCUGUCUGGUUGAGCACACUUGGAUGAGGAAUGGGGGUUGUCCCUCAUAAACAUUUCCAGCUUUUUGUUCUGAAAAAGCAGCAGAGUGCUGUGAGAAAUGAUGCAUGACAGCACCUUUGAGCAUAUUCCAGACCUGAAAGGAGUGGAGCUGUGUUUGUUUUAAACAGUUGAUCGCUGUUUUUUAAAGCAAGGAAGUCUGUGAUUAGCAAGGAAAAUUCAAAGUUUGUAAAGCAAGAAAAAGUCUGUAAUUAACUUGCAAAAUUCAAAGUUUGUAAAGCAAGAAAGUCUGUGAUCAACAAGCAAAAUUCAAAGUGUCCUUUUUAUUUGCUCACAUGUGGCCACGUAAGAUUUGAGAUCACCUGAACCUAUCACAGUUGACAGAUUAGAAAAUGAUAGUCUGUGAAAAGUUUCCUACUGGAUUUGGGGACAGCAUUGAAGAGUGGAUGUAUGUCACAUUUUCCUUUGUUAAAAGCUGCUUCCAUAACUUGCACCUUUAUUGGUUUGACUUUGGAUUUGACUUUGGACUGUAUUAGUUUUUCCUGCAUUUAAAGUAUAGCCAGAUUUUAGUGCAAUAUGGUAUCUUUGUAGUUUAAAAGGUAUUCUCUGAGUUACAGUGGCUCUGAAAAAAUGUCUUUCUGCUUCAGAAUGUCAGGUUAUUAGUGCUAAACACUGUGGAGCCUGACAGGAUGCUAUAGGCUAACCAUUGUGCCGCCACUUAUGUCCAACAUAUGUAUUGCUAUUGCUUUGUCAGAAAGAGGUAGAAUCAUCACCACUGUAGGUCAGAACACCCAUAAAUGUAAAUUAGGUGACCUAGAUGGUGGACACAUCAGUGUACUAGCCUAAUAAUAAUCAAAUUGCAGAUGGCACAGAGACUCAUUGUAUGGGUUGAUACCUUUUGUCACUGAUUCAUCUGCAGUGGGUCUCACAUGAUUCCUUCUUACUAGAACAUUUGCCUAGCUUUGUGUUUUGCUUUGUCAUACCAUCAGCUUCCCGUUGAUGUGGUAUUUCUGCACACUAUAUAUCUUACUUAUUUUACCAGUCACAUAUUUUUAUUGGAGCUGCCUCUUAAGUUUGUAUGCCUAUCUUUCACAUCUGAGUUUUUGGUCCAUACUCUGGAAUACUUAUUCCGAUUCAUAAAAUAACUGCACCCAGUUUAUAUUUAUACAUAAGGUCUGGCCAGUCAUGAGAUGUUGAUGUAUACAGUUGGAAGAUUGGUGUUUGCCACUGAACAAAUUGUUAGAGGUGCCACUGCCUACUUACCUUUACUUUGAAACAGUAUAGAGAAAGGCUUGCUACCUUGCUGUAUAAAGUACAUUAAGUAAACAGCUUAGUAGUGGGCAUUCCAGGCACUUUAAAUGUUGACUGCUUUAUAGGGCCUCUAAUAGAUUGUGCAGCUAUUAUGUGGCUAUAUAUGCCUUCUUCAUUUGGAAGUAAAAUGAUUCAUAUCUUGGAUAUACUGCAUGAGUCAUUUCAGUCUGUAAAUUAUGAUUUGUAUUGAUCUCAAAUUACCUGUUUAAAAUUAAAAAAAAAUCAAAUACUUGCCUCAGAUUUUCAGCUAUAUGUUAUUUUACUUCUAGGAAAUUAUAAUAUAUUUUUUCAGUGUUAA